UUCAAGCGAAUAACCUGGUCAUCAUUGGUAAUUACCAACAAUAACCAACUGCAUUCAAGCGCUUUUGGUCAUUGUUGGUUAUAAUAUCGUGACGUCAUGAAUUAGCCCUUCAACGUCAUCAUUUUGGACCGCAGAUAACCAGAGAUAACCAUACUCGAGAGCUGGGUUAAAGUUCUGGUUAUUGGAGAAGUGAGGUUAUAAGAAGAAAAAGUAAAUAAACAAGAACCAUCUUUGGUUGGAAUUAUGGAGGGUACCACUACCCUGUACCACGUUUAUUUCUCAUUUGGUUGUAGCAGAGGCAAGGGUGAGUACCACAAAAGUGUCGUUAGCAAAGUUAGAAAAUUUAAAAAAUGGAGAAUUAUAGCUACCAGAUAGUAGUCAAUAUAGAAGGGGAGGACAAAACAAUUAUUGUGCCUGAUAUGGGGACUGCCCAACUUUUAUUGAAUGAUUCUGAUGCAGCAAGGGAAUAUUACUAUUCCCAGAUUUCUCAAUCUCAGCUUGCAGAGAAUUUGGAGAGUGAAGCUUUUCAAACUCAGCAAUAUCAGGCAUCGAAUUUCGAAGAGCAUGCAGAUAAUUUGGAGAGUGAAGCUUUUCAAGAAGAUGAGGAGAAUGUUUUUACAAAUGAGGAAGGUGUGAUUUGGUUAAAAAAAAAACCUACUGAUACCGACGUUGCCGCAACACAUCUCAUGUUGAGAUCAAGAGAUCAGAAAAAGGAGGAGUUUAAUAAUAAAAAAAAUAACAAGAGACAGCUAUGGGCUGGGAUAGCUGAAGAGAUGACGAGGAACGAAUUUAUGCAUACUUGA